AUGGUGGUUCGCUGGCUAACCAGAAAGAAUAUUGAGCCAAAUUAUGAACAAAUACGUCCGUUGGAAAUAAUAAUCGUUUUCCUGUACUCUCUAUUGCCGAUUAACGCAGUGGGAACGUUCGAAUCACUCUGUGCGUAUCCAUUUUUUUAUGGCAAUGGAACACUGAAGGGAACGAAGUGCGAUGUGGAAUAUUAUAUGGAUACAUCAGACGAUGUGAAGGCGUACGAUAUGUGCGCAACAUUGUCUCCUUUCGAAGUCGCUUACUACAAGUUUGGUUAUCCAACCUUGUGCACUUAUGUCAAAACGCACUUCUGCGAGGACAACGAACUGACAUUGUUUGAUAAAUGUAUCGUAGUCAAAGGCUUCGCUGACUAUGGUUCGUCAGGAUGCGGUGAUCGAUAUAAGAUGCAUAAUAUUGAACAUCGCGAAGAACAAAAGUCUCCUCCUCAUGUCAAGUCAGUGUCUUUAUCCUCUCUGACACGUCCUGAACCAACCUAUCUACCUCCGAGGAAUUUCAUUGAAAGGCUUGGUUGGCAGAGCAGCGAACAACCGUUUGGUCGCGCAGGCACAGCUAUACCACUUAACGACUGCGCCACACCACCCGAGCCUGGCGUUCAGUGGAUUCCGUCACGUCUUGGUUGGUCGGGUGACAUCAUAAUUAAUCUUCCUGGCCUGCAUUAUCAGAUUUUCGACGUUGCUCCUGUUGCUUCCGGUGCAUGGGAACUUGUAAGCGUUAAUCAGGAGACUCUUUUCUACAACUGUGAAAUGCGUAAAAUUUUAAAACCCAUGGGCAGGCUGCAAGUUUCUAGUCUCAUGAGUUUUUGGGAGGACGUUGCGUUCUCCUGGAGUGAACAGGUAGAGCUUAUUUAUUGGAGGCUUUUGGCCGACGAUGCGGGAUACAAGGAUCUCAUAAGUCAUUCCUGGGACAGCGGAAAGAGGACAAUAGGUAUUAGUACAGAGCAAAUGAAGGUAGCUUUGCGUAUACAAGGCGACUCAUUCGGUUCCUAUCUGAGAGGGAGUGCAUUUUACGAACACAUGUCUAAGAAACUCCCGCACUUGUGCUCAAGACCAGCAAGGGCAUCUGAAGCAACUAUUCUUGAAAUUUCCAACAUGUUCGAAACACUAGGAUUUCAAGGCGGAAUAGCGAAAGACCGGAACGGUCAUGCACGCCCGUUUUUAUUUUUUCCCUCGAUGAUGCCUGUGAAAGGUGGAAAAUUCGAUCCCCAGUUCGAUGAGCUCCAUGAAACUUGCCAGUUACCAGCAGGAUUGUAUAGAGCAAGUGUAGGACGCAUCCCAUCGUUCUCAAGCGAUCCGAGCAGCGACUGCAGUUUGGAUAAGGAUUAUAAAGCAAACAGAAAAAGGUGGACUUACUAUGGUCCAAAAAAUUCUACUGCUAUGUCUGACGAUAAAUAUUGGAAUGAUAAGUAUCCAGCAAACACUUGCGCCGAUCUUCCACGUACCACUGUGGGUCUACUAAACCACUACGUGGAUAUACCAGCCUUCGUUCGUCGUCCUAUUAUUUGCACAUACGGCAACCCCCCAGAUCUACCACCACUUAGACCAGAUGAUCAAUGCAACAGUGCCGCUCAUUUUGAUCAUAACAAACAACGAUGCGUUUGUAAUGAUCCCAGUGCCGAUGGUAGAAUUAAAGACCCCGAAAAAUAUGGAAAAUUCCCUGAGGGAGUCGUUUGUAUUGAUUGCACUAGUACAACGAUCACAAGAUCAAUCAUGUUCGUUCUUGAUAACACUGGCAGUGUGGGACAUGACGGUUGGGCGCAGCAGAAAAAUUUCAUGCGAAAAGUGGCGGAGUCGAUCAAAAAUGUCCGAAUGGGACUAGUUAUUAUCGCUGGAGAUCCUAAUAUAGAAAUUGAAAUUGAUUACUAUAAGAAGAAUGAAGAAAAAGUCUGGAAUUUUAUUAAACACAAAAGAUGGGGAAACAGAUGGACUGGCAUUGGACCGGCACUUCGUCUUGCGCGCCUAAGUCUUGAGCGUGAAAAAACAGAUGAGCGGAUCAUUGUAAUAAUUUCCGAUGGAGAUGGAGACAACUGUCCUUGGGACGACUACCACGAGAAAUGCCCUCGUCAUGUGCAGGAAAAUUUGCAAAAAUAUUCCCAGGCUAAAGAAGCAGCCUUGAUACACACGGCUGGAAUAAGAGUGAUAUAUACUGUCGUUGGAGAUCUAUACAAAACAUCUACCGGGGCUGCUGAAAGAGUGCAUAUUAUUGCAGGAGGCUCACAAAAUAUAGUGCCCGUAGCAAGUUUUACGAGCUUCGAUACCUCUGUUCUGGACAACGUGAUCAAAGUAAUAUGUACACCGCUGUCUUAA